AAAAGCAAGUGUAAGUGCAAAAAAUGUUUCAUUGUGGUUUAAUGGGGAUUUUGUACCGAACUAUUUGUUGGCCGGGCACUGUUGCUUGACAAAAACCCCCACAGUGAUUAGGACAGAGUUAUUAGGAGCUGUAACAAGAUGCUUGUAGAAUUUAGUUACUUCUGAACAGAGCCAAGGUCAGUGUUUUCCCAUUUUUUGCAGUGUUUGGCUCGCCAACAGUUUGCAGCGGCCUCUCAUGGCAGUGGUAUUAAUCUUGCAAGAGCAUAAAUUUGCUUAUUUCCCAAAAGUGACCUGUUCCUUUAAAAGGAAGGAUACACUCUUCACUGGCAGGCAACAGAGCAUGAACCUGGGGUCUUGGUGUCAAAGAUGAAGAUGUGUUGAGCCUGUCUUUACAACCCUUAUGUUUCACUUCACCAUAUGAACAUGAUUUUGUCAACUGGCAAAAAAACGGAACAUUUUUAUUUACUGCGACUCCAAGGGAGACUUGACUUCAUGGUAGAUUUCAAAUUGUGUUUUGAUAAACUAGACAGGUUACACAGGGACAUACAGUAUGUUUUUCUGCCUGCCUGGCCAAAGAGGAGCAAAAUACUUAGCCAGCAAGUCACUAAUGUUAAUUUGUCUUCAUCCAGCCCACUCAGGUAAUUUUGCUAAAGGGUAGACAGAUUCUCAGAAUUCAAAUCAACACAUUGAAAAACAGAUGUACGGCUCGCCCCCUUAAAUCAAAGAGAAACGCAGGCCACAUAUCUUUGACAUGUAGUGAUACACAUUUGGCCACAUUGUGUAAAGUGUUGUGGUCUAAAUAGCAGCUUUAACUUAGCCGUUUGGUAUCUCCAUAUACAUUUACAUACAUUUUGCUUCAAUGAGAAAAUGACAACAACAAAAAAAAAACAUGUACAACAAUAAUCUCGUCCUCAACCACACAUCCAAAACCUUUUGUCAGCUUGGUCUGAAGACCCGACAAAAAUACAUGUAAUUUUGCCUGUUGCCACUAGACGGGGUGAGAGACGGGGAGCGGGGGUUUGUCAACUGCCUGCCCAUAAUAACCACCAGACAUGACUCAUCCAGCGUGGAAUACCACAGCAGCCACAGACAGGUCUCUGGCAGACAAGGAGCAGAAAUUCGACUCUUCAGCAGAGUUUGUGAAUGGGACAGGAAUGAGCAAAACCAGGGUAGAUUUAAUAGUGCUGCGAUACGUUUCAAAGAUGUCGGAGUUUUGAAAAUUCAUUGAGUGUUUGGUUUGGCCUGUUUAUAAAAGUCAAGUGGCUAAAUACUGUGUGUUUUUAUUGAUAAGAUCUAACGGCCUAACCAAGAAGAACUUCUUCUCCUUGCUUGCCGUCAUUUCUUUUGUUUAACUCCUCGUUGGUUUCCGUGAUUCUUUGGCAAACGUCCUGCUCAUCAAGUCAUCACGUGGAGUUCCUAAAACACAGCGCAGGGACAACAUAUCACCUCGUCAGAUAUGAUUUUAGCUCUGAUCAUCGUCAUUCUUGCCCAGACUUCCCCCGUGGAGAGCACCACUCAGUUUGAAGACAAACACAUGUUGGACAGUCAAAUUGUUAUUUGCUUAUGUGGAGUCCGUCCAAGGCUGGAGGGCCUGUAGAGCCAAGAGUCUAAUCUGUGGGCAUAAGGAAUAACACAGAAAUAACAUAUUGUACAACUUAAAGUAUGGCAGGGGAGCAAACUGUGAGCGGUCACAUUACAUGAAAACAGCAGGCAGGAAGUGUUUUGCAACAGCGGAAAAUCUUCAGGUCCAGUCUGACCACCAGACGGUCACACUUCAUCUGGCCUGAAGGCUGCGGUCAGUGAAUGGAUACCUUCCCCAUCAUAAGGUUGGAUACACUGUCAUACAUUUGUCUCUGGCUCUCCCCCACACACACACACUUUUCUCCCGUUUCUUAUUUAUUCCUCCCUUUCCUUCCUCUCCUUUCCUUCUUUCCUGCUUAACAACCUUACCUCAUCACAAGUUUUACCUCUACACCCUCCCCCCCACCACCACUUUACCUUUCUAACGUUCUCAUUCCUCCCACUCUCACCCUCUUUCUCUCUCUGUUUGUGGUCAGUCACACUUAAUCUAGCUCCAUCCAUCUGUUUCUCUUCAUUCGUUUAGUCCGGUCUGUUUUCGAUUAAGAUUACAUCAGGCUUUGACCUAUUAGUGUGCCGUGAUCCUUUUGAAGUCAUUUUGUGGUUACAGGUUAAGCUCAAACCCCACCACUCUUCUUACUCUACAUAAUACAGACAGUAUUUGGAGGAGGGGGGAAAAAAACGGUAUAGGUUCUUAAAACUUUUUAGCCUGGGACCAAAAUGACUUUUUUUCCCCCCCCUGGGAUCCAGGAUCAUUAAAUCAUACAAGAGUUCUUGUCAUGUGGAGACCCGCGAGAGGCGGGCCUGCACCCCAUUUUAGGUCCCAACCUAUAAUCCAACCUAGCAAUCUGUGAACUGGAAUAUAUUGUUCAUUUAACCUCAUAGCUGUAGGAUUUUGAUUAUAUUUUUAAGAUUACUUUCCCGACCAGAGAAUUUCUGUUCCUUAUUAGGGCUCUAGUUCAAAGUCAAGCUCAUUUUUCCCACUAAACAUGACGCAGACCUCCUAUAGAAAAUAACGUGUCUUCAGGAACCAAAUGAGAAAUGUAACUAUUGACAUGACGCUCAUUAAAACCAUUAUUAAUGCUGUUUUUUAUUUUUUGGAGACCACGCACGAAGACCUGUGGAUCCUAAAAUCUAGCAGGAUAUAAAUCGGAUAUACAUCCUCAUUUCCUAACUUUAGUACUGAUCCCUUAUAUUGCCCCCUCCGUCAUCUUUGAUCAGUUGGCUACUAAAUAAAAUGUCGGUGUUCAUUUCCAGAUGUCCAUCAAGAUAUCAUCUCUGAAACCUCAAAGUUAACUCCCCUUUUUUUUCCUGCACUUGGAGGCCCGUGAAUAGAAAUUGAAUGAAAUGUUAAACUGUACAUCAUCAUUAUUCCUGGGUCAAAGCUCGGGUAAGUAGCCAAUUGGCCGCGUCGUGAUGCUAAACUGACAUAUAUUGGCCAAAUUGUGGCAGGGUAGGAUGUUAAAGUCAUUUAGACUCAUCAGGCUAAGUGGACACAGUUGACUGAGAGGUCUCGAACCUCCCCACGUCUGGUUGCGGGUAGAUUUUGGUGCCAACAAUUCUCAAUUAGAGCAGUGGAUGAGAGGACAUCUGGUGUGUCUGCCUGACAUAUGUUCAUGGACGUACGCCAACGGGCCUGAGUUCGUUUAUCAAAUGAAGCAUACAUGUCCAUCUUUUCAACAGAUAGACAUGGACCAUUUAGCACUUCAGUCAAUCGUGAUGGUCUCUGAUUGUACCAAUGCCGUGACAGUAUCGGAGCAGACACCAUAUGUCUGAUCACUAGGUUUUCAGAUAAUGGGUAACACUGAGGAAUUAUAUGCAGUAAUUAUUAUUUUUACACAAAUAAUUAGUCAAGUAUGAUAUAUGAAGGAUGAAGUCUUUAUUUUGACUAUCAAUAUUACCAUCAUACAAUCAUACUGUCAUUUAUGGGGACUGUCUGUAAUGUCUGUAAGCAUGUAUAAUAAAAUGUGGGACAAGAGGGUUCAUGCUGAAAUUGAACUUUAAUUAAACAUAUUCCGGGUUAAGUGCACAGACAGGCAGUCAGAAUAAACAAAAAAUGACAUGAUGGGUUAUACAUGCGAGAUUGCUGAAAGGCUUGAUGCUGAAGAUGAUCUGGUCGUCGAGCUUAAAUACUACUGAAGAAGUGAAUAAAUAGGGAACACGUGUAAAUGAUCAGGGCAUGACUAGCAAUCACAACCACAAGUGAGGAUGUCUGCAAUGAGGGAGAGUGGAGCGUGUUUAAAAAUCAAACAAGACAUGGCGACAAGCAACCUUUUCCCUCCAUUUGUGCAUCGAACUAAAAAUGAAACCGACAAAGUGAGUCACAGUAGGUCAGUGCAGUCAGCUGUUAACCGUAAUGAUGGUGAUGGGGCAGCCCAUGCCCAAGAGGAAAGGAAUUGGGCUUGUGACCACAGGGUCACCGGUUAAAAACCCAAGUUGGAUCAAGGGCUGAGGUGCACCCUGAGCAAGGCACCCAAUCCCCCACUGCUCCUGUGCCCUGCCUGUGUGUUCACUACUGGUGUGUAAUUAGGAUGCUGAGGUCAAAGUCACGAUCACUAAUUGGUGUGUGUGCAAAAAUAACUCAUUCUAAUUUUAAACACAGCUAACGGUGACACACGUUUGUUGGAAAGUAAAACUGUGCUGAAGAGGAAGUGACUGAAUAUUGGACAUAAAUAAGCACAUCUAAUUUGCUGUCAGGUCUAAAAGGUGUUACAUCUGUUAUACUAAAGUGUCAGGAAAAUCAAUGUAGGUUUAAAGACUCUUCGGAUCUUUUCAACGUUGUGAUUAUUAUCAUCAUACAUAGACUUAAAAGUAAGUUUGGGUUCAGUACAUGAUCUUUAGUAACUUACUUAUUAUAGACUCAAAGUGACACAAUCACAUGGAUGUCACAUCUCAACUGACCGACAAAAGGAGAAGUGAGAAGAAAAGUGAAAAUAGAAACAGCUGGAGGAUCAGACACUAGUUAAGUGAAUUUACAAACAUGAAUACCCCCUCCUCCUCUUCCUCCUCCUCUCCUCCCUCUUCCUCCCCCUCCUCCUGCGCUCUUCUGCUUUUGGCUCCCCUCACAUUACCACAUCACCAUGCAUCUGUCACUCCUAUAAAAAUCCCACUCAUCACAGUACGAGUGGCAGGCAUCGCCCACGAUUCUCUCUGUUUGACUGGCUGAGGUGAAUGAAGAUAUUAUAAGAGGUGAGUGCUUCAUAUUUGAUUAGCUGGUUUACCGUGAUGUUGUUGACCUCUCUGUCUCCUCCUCUGCUGUCAUUACAGAGCUCGUGUCAGCGGAGAUGUUGGCAGGUGCGCUAGUUCUGGGCAUCAUCCUAACAGCUUUACCAGGUAUCCAGAGCAGGUGGAGUGUGACAUUUUCUAGGAAGGAGAUCUGUGUGUGGGCAGGGACCACUGUCACUCUGCCCUGUCGCUAUGACUACCCAUCAGGCCACACUGUAAAGCGAGUCAUGUGGUUCCGAGUGUCUGCAGAGGGUCGCAGGGAGUUCACCCACCACACUGACACAAACCAGAUCAGUCUGUCAUACCGUGGGCGCACACGCUACAUUGGGGGCAGCUACUCCAGCUGCUCAGUCCAGAUUCGAGGUGUGAAGCUGAGUGAUGCGGGUCAGUACCACUUCAGGUUCGAGACGGACCAACAACUGGGCCGAUGGACCUCCCCGGACACGAUUAGUCUGGACGUAACAGACCUGCAGGUCCAGGUGCAUCCAGCCAGACCCGCCAACAUGUUUGGCUUUGGAGAGACAGUGUAUGUAGGCUGCCAGGCCAGCGGAUGUGCUGCACCAGGAAGGAGUCUGGCUCUCUACAGGAAUGGAAUAAACCUCGGCUCCUACGAGAAAUGGAUGAUCAUCACCCGCUUUGACCGGCAGCAAGCUGGAGCAUACACCUGUCGCCCGAUCCCACCACAGAAUGUGCAGUCCCCGUCCGUCUCCCUGGCUCUGGGACAUGGUCCUCAUUCCACGUCAAUCGCAGUCUUUCCUGGAGGGGAGGUGACUGAAGGGGGGUCCGUCACUCUGACCUGCAGUAGUGACGCAGCUCCACCUGUAGAGAGCUUUGCUUGGUUUAAAGACAUGGAGAGUGGCAGCAUCCCAGACAGUUUCAGGCCUCGGCUCCAUCUGUCCCAGCUCAAAUACACAGACAGAGGAGAAUACUUCUGUGUAGCGCGCAACUCACUGGGAACAGAUCGCUCUCAACCGCUGCUGCUCAACGUCACUUAUUCUCCAAAGAGCACACAUGUGCUGGUGAGUCCUCGAGGUGACAUCAGAGAAGGUUCCUAUGUAAACCUGAGCUGCGUCAGCCAGGCCAACCCUCUUGCAAACAGGUACGCUUGGUAUCAUAUUCUAGGAGAUCAGGUGUUGGCUAAAGGAACAUUUCAGAACUUGACGUUCACAUCAGUACGUGCUCACCAUGCUGGUCAGUACUACUGCACAGCGUCAAACGGAUUAGGAUACCAGAGUUCCCCGGUCGCGACACUCGCUGUGCUCUACCCUCCCAAGAACACCUCGGUUCUGGCUCGUCCCUCUAGUGUGGUGGACGCGGGCCGACCACUGACUCUGAUGUGCAGCAGUCAGGGAAACCCAGUAGUGGACAACUUCACAUGGCACCGUCUCUCUCUGGACGGGGGCUCUGUACAAUCCUGGGGCAGCAAGUCUGGUCCUGUUUUCACCUUCUCGGAGGUCGGCCCCGGGGAGAGCGGCCAGUACUACUGUGAGGCCAGGAACCGAAUCGGAGCCCACAGGUCUCCAGUCCUCACCGUACGAGUCAGAGGUCGUCUCAAGGUCAUUGCCCUGGCAUCAGCAGUGGGCGUGUCUGCUGCACUCAUCACUCUGACAGUGGCCAUUAUGAUCAGUAAGAACAUGCACAGAGUAGACAUGGAGUCAGCAGAAGUAGUAAACAAGCGUCCGUCAGUGACAGCUGACACCAUGUUCUAUGAAUCAGCACAACAGACCUUCCCUGUGAGAAAGGGCAAGAUGUCUGACAUCCCGGAAGAACCAGAGGAUUUGAGUGACAGCUCCCACCCAUCCAUUGUUCCUCUGAAGGAUGCACCACCAAUCCCAGAGGUGGAAACUUGCAAUCCUGCCUCCACCUACAUCACUGUCCACUACUCCAGAUUAUCCAGUUCAGACCAAGUGCAGUUCCAAAACAUGCCACUGGGUGGCGACCGAAAACCAAAGGACUCCUCAAAGUGUGUUUACUCCUUACUGCCCCAGACUCGUCCCUGAACACAAGAGACAGUGUGUACACUGGAGCACAUCAACAAUCUCUUCUACUGCAAAAGCACUCUCUCAUUUUCCUCCUCAGCUGAAUGAAAUGUCAGCCUUCGUCACUGUGCUUCCAUUUGCCCGGCAAGGACUGAGAAAACCAGAAACACUUAAUAUGCCUUACUUACACUCUUCUGGGUCACACACACGUAUUCUGAAACUCUCUGUGGUUCUUCGGUCCAUGAAAGCAACGCGUGGACCUGCUGCUGACUGGAAGUCCUGCCUUUGCACCGUGUUGCAUGUCUCUCCUGUUUUUUUAUCAGUUUUUUAUCAUAUUAAGUAUAUUAUCGCAAUAAUAUGUAAGUAUAGUAAAGUAUAAAACAUCAGUAAUAAUUUUAACUGCAUUCAAAUCCACUGGACAGGUCAUAACCACUGUUGCUUUUUCGUUCAUGCUUGACACUAAAAAUUUGCCACCUAGAAUAUGCAGAUGAGUGCGAGUGCUCGCCACAUUAACCUUUGCAUCCACAGAUUACAGAUUAUCAUUUGUAUUCAAAUGUAAUGGUUUACAUUAAAAUUGACAGAGUGGUAAUACGGUCUCUUUGGUGCAUUUCUCACAUCCUACUUAACAUCUGCAAAGCAGUAUUGAGUACGUGCCGCAACACUUUUACUGGAUCACUAAGACAAUAAUCAUCACGUAAUCCUGGUCCUGUGUGUUUUAGAUGUUUUCUCUGCUCCAGCACACCUGAUUCAAAUGAUCAGAUAAUCAACAAGCACUGCAGCAACGACCUAUUUAUUUGAAUCAGGUGGAAACCCUGAUGCAGAUGACAGUCAGACUGUUAAAUCAUGUUGUCAAUCUAACAGUCUACAACAUUAAUGGCUCAUAAUCCGUCAGGUACGGCAUAUAUUCAUUUUCCACUGUACUAAGUAACUGUGGGUUAUCGACUGCAAGAGACUUGCCCGGAUUUACAUCUACAUUUUAAAUAGAGUUCCGUGUGUCUUUCAAUAAAUACUAAAUACUAAUACAUAUGCACUUUUAUUACUGUAACAUUCACUGUCAUUGCAAUAAAAUACAGUGAAUAGACAAGACUGUUUAACAUCAUACACCGGGGGGGGGGAAAGCACUCAGAGAGCACAGACGCUCAUUGUCAAUACACUACACUACAGUAAGGACAUAUCACCACUGAAAUGUAAUAAUGUCUUCCUGCCAUAACCUUCAAAUAACCUACAUCCCCAUAUACUCUCAUGUGAAUGUAGGUUUUUCUUUUUACUUUUUGAGUCAUGCUGAACCAAACCAAAACAAA